AUGAAAAAUCGGCAUACCCAGUCAUUUGCAUUUGAUUCCAAUGGAAACGGAUUCAAUCCGCGACCGAGCAGCACUAACGCUCAUCAAGCCAAUGGGUCAACUCUAAAAAAAAGCACCAACUCGCCCGACAAGCCGUUUGGAAAGAAUCUUGUGAAACGAUAUGGAAACAAUGCCAACAAAACGUCAAGCGUAGAGCCGAAACUCGCUAGUCCCGCUGUUGACGAAGAGUUGGACAUACCGAAGCGAAUCAUACAAAAGCAAAAGCCAGAUGAACUUCAAAAUUUCACAAGCGACGAAGUCUCCACAACAGGUGCUUUAUUUCCAAAUCCCGAGGCAAUGGGGUUCAAACUGCGAAAGUUAUCACAACCAAGACCGAUUCCAAAAUACUUUCUCACCCAGCCGAAAUACUUGAUCACGCCCGAGUUUGUGCAGAAUGACUGGGACAGGAAAAACCAAGAGCGAAUGGAGCAGAUGGAAGCAGCUAACCAAGGCAGGGACUACCAAGGCUUGUAUGAAGAACUUCAAAAGCUUCGAGAAGUGGAGAGAAGGGAAAUGGAAAAAUUGGGCUUGGUGGACGCCGAGAAUGUGGCCAAGAGCCUAGACGAUGCCAUAGCUUUCCAAGGCUCGUGUAUGGACAUGUGUCCCGUGUUUGAAAGGGUACGACGUCAAUUGGAAAAUAAUGUCAAAACCUUGGAGAAAGAUCCUUACACAAACAAGAUUGCCAAAAGUCGGGCGGUCAAGGCCUUUUCACGUCCCGCGGCUGGCCAGCCGCCACCGCUCCCUUCGGAAGUCAGACCUCCUCAUGUGCUUGUUCAAACAUUGGACUACUUGGUGGAAGAAGUGGUUGACCAAUUACCCGAUUCGCACUCGUUUUUAUGGGACCGAACCAGGUCGAUCCGACAGGACUUUACAUACCAAAACAGUUUCGGACCGGAAGCUGUUGAUUGCAAUGAGAAAAUUGUCAGGAUCCAUCUUAUAUCACUACACGUGAUGGCUCUGGCCGACGUUGAUUACUCGCAACAGCAAGAACUCGAGCAGUUCAACAAAGCGCUUCAAACGUUGAUGGAAAUCUACGAAGAUGUACGAAACAAUGGAGGCAGCUGCCCCAACGAAGCUGAAUUUCGAGCCUACCACUUGCUAAGUCACAUUCGAGACCCCGAGGUCGAACGACAGAUUCAAGAGCUACCCGACCACAUCUAUAAUGACAAGAACAUCCAGAUCGCGUUGGAAUUGAGGAAAUUGAUUACCCAGAACAAUAUCGUGGAGAGGGGAGUUAAACCCUUGGUGGGGGCUUUAAACUUCUAUGUUGAUUUCUUUCGAAAAAUAUAUAAUGACACAACACCGUUGCUUAUUGCGUGCUUAUUGGAAACCCAAUUUAGCGAGAUUAGAUUUUACGCGUUAAAGGCCAUGUCGAGAAGUUUCCACUCGAAAAGCAGAGGCUACUCACUAUCGAGUUUGCAAGAUGCCUUGGGUUUUUACUACGCUGAAGAUCUUUUGGCGUUUUUGAAAUACUACGAGAUUGACACAAUCGAAGAUAAUGGACAGAUGCUGGCCGACUUGUUUAAUGUGGAGAAACUAAAGUCGCAGUACAAGUUAAACUCAUUUCAAGAGAAGCCUCGGUAUCCACCUGUUUACUCGCCGCAGAUUGAUCAAAAGAUCAAGGGCCGCGACUAUAAGCAUUUCAUCAACAAUGGGCUCCCAAAUGCUACAUUUGACAUACGGACGGACGCGAAAAGCAAACCAGCGUCGACAUCAUUGAGCUCAGCUCAAGCCGGAGGCAAUCGUUCCCUUGAGACCACUACUUUCCAGGCACUCAAGCAAUUUCCAAACAACAGUUUCAAACCGAGCGAAAUUAAAUUUUCUCAACCACCUCAAGAAGAAGCGCACAUAUCUCAAUCUCACAAACCUGGUCCCGGUCCCACUUUAGCGAAACCAGCAGCUCCUCAGUUUACAUUCAAUGCACCGUCUGCAAAGAUGCAAACUUUGAAACCGGUACCCACGCCAAGCAACACAUUUACAUUAAACUCCACGCCUUCUAUUUCUGCCACAUCAGCUGCCCCAAACAAAAUAGAUUUUUCAUCCGUAAAACCUGUCCCUGAUUAUAGCGGGAGGAACCUCUUUCAAGCAAAGAAAGUCACAUUUAACCCGCAACCGGAAAUUAAUUCACUCCCGGCAAGAGAAGAGAAACAAGAUAAAUUACCCACACCGUCACCAUCAAUGCCAGCGUUGUCGGAACCGUUGCCGAGUCCGAAAGUCACCGUUAACACACCACCGGCAAAGAAAAAACUUGUUGAUCUUGACCUAUUUUCAAAAGCUGCUCAAGAAAUUGCCCUGCAGAUAUUGAGACAAGUUGUCGAAACCGAGACUCAAACCUUGUUGACUAAAAUCUUCCAAAACCGCCAAGCCCAAGUGCAAAGAAGCACCAUUAUUAAAACUUUUGGAAAGGAGUUGUUCUCGGCGUUUCUCGACGAGAUCAUCAGCGAGUCUCUUUUGAAUACCAAAGCCACCAGUCACCACGACCGGUUGGCCAAAAAGCGGGCCAUGAAAAGCAUGGCCGCUAAUGCCAGGAAAAGUCUACAUGCUUUCCGAGAGAGAAAAUUAAGAGCUACUGAAUUGCGUGGUGUAACGUUUGCCCGUCAAGAAAAGCGCUUGGCGUCUGCGUCUGUUGACCUGAGCUUCAGCGAGAUAGAAUCGGCUCACAAGAGACGCAAACAAUCAGUUGCCGACUUGAACAUCGGCCAACGGAAGAAGCAAAUGACAGAGCUCUGGACUCCGUUGAAUUUGAAAAAAUUUGUUGAAACUUGUUCACGUGGCGUAAACUUGAAAAUCGAGGAGCCCAACUUGAAAUUAACUUGUUUGUUGGUGGUUGAGGAUUGGAGCAGCCCUUAUUCCAAAUGGUUAAACUCCAAAUUUGCGUUGCAACCUAAUAUCUCGGCAAUGGUGUAUGAAAACCUGGUGAGCAGCGAUAAAGUUGACCUUCAAGUCACGAGUUUGCCGAGAAAAGACCAUUUGAACAAGAAGAUGUUCCAGCUGUGCCUGUUUGUAAUAUUUGAAUUUGGAUUAGUGGCCAAGUCGUCAAUAUCAAUAGCAGAAAAACUAGAAACCGACUAUAAAGUAUUAAAAAGCAUUGUUUCUUGGAUUGAAAAAUACAGCUACUACAGAGCCCAUCUAGUUAUUUUGUUCUGGGAUGCCAGCCGGUCGGGACUAAGAAACGAAGAAGUUGCCUCAAAGUUGAAAUUGAGCCAAUUUUCAAAUGCAAAGAAUGUAAAGGAUGUCAUCUUGUGCAACAUGUCCAGCAAUGACACAGACACAAGCGCAAAUUUCGGCAAUAUUUUGACACAAGCGUUGGACAAGAUUGCCGAUGACUUUGACGGAGAGUUGACGGCGAAAGGCCAAAAGCACAAAAUCAAACUCUUGAACCAACAGGCUGCAGCAACAGCAAUCAGCGACAACAGGGCAACUUUGAAGCCGGAGGUGGAUGAUCUCGAUAAGUUGAACGCCAAGUUGAUGAAGCGUGCACAGUUUCUUCGCAAAUAUAAGAACCUUCGUCCCAUGGGACCGCCGGCUACUAAACCCACUCCAAACCCAAACCGAACCAUGGACACUACUGCCCUUGCAAACAAGACGCUUGCAAGCAUAAUGGCGCAGCAUGCGAACCGGUCGAGUGCUGGUACGUCAAGCAGAGGCUCGACUUUUUUCCUCGACAGCUCAGUGCUGAGCAUUGGAAACGGCUCGGUACUAAACGCAUUUGGACAAGGAGUGGUUGAAGAGAGCACUCCCGUCGGAUCUCCCAACACGAGCUUGCUCAAUCAAUCCGCGGGGGGAACAAUUCGCAGAAAGUCUGACAAGAUAGCAAAGUUGAGGGACUUGGCUGCCAACAUAAAAAGCAGGUACCAGAAGCCCGAUUCUGCCAGCGGCGACGCACCGAGUCCCAAACUAAAUGGACCUCUUUUUUAA